CAAAAAGUGAAAAAUUCCCCGAAAAUUUUGUUUUGAGUUUAAUGUGGAGCUAGAAGUUCAAUAAAUUUCCUGUCAAUAAAUGGGAGGGGUAUCUGACGACGAAAAACGCCCCAAUAUGCCAGCCGCAGCAGCGAAUAUGAAAUAUGUUUCGCUUGCUUUUCUUAUCUUUCAAAACGCGACUCUUAUUUUAAGUAUGAAAUAUGCACGUAAUAAAGAGGGUGAUCAAUUCUUUGCAACGGUUGCCGUAGUUACCGCAGAGUUGCUUAAACUUACAACCUCCCUUACCAUUAUGCUGGUCGAGAAAAAGGGAAAUGUAAAGGAUUGGUUGAGCUAUCUUCAUCAGAAUAUAAUCCUUCAACCUCUCGAUACGAUGAAAGUUUUCAUCCCGGCCAUUAUUUACAUGAUUCAAAACAACCUUCUUUACAUUGCGGUGUCUAACCUACCUGCUGCUACUUUUCAGGUAACGUACCAGUUAAAGAUAUUAACGACGGCCAUGUUUUCGGUGUUCAUGCUUGGACGAUCACUUUCUAAACUACAAUGGGGUUCAAUGUUGUUGUUGUUUAUUGGGGUGGCCACUGUGCAGGUUGAGGUUCAAUCUUCAAGUGCCAACCCCACCUCACCCACCCAACAAAAUGCCUUCCUUGGUCUAGCUGCGGUUAUUGUGUCUUGUUUAUCAUCAGGAUUUGCCGGGGUUUACUUUGAAAAAAUAUUAAAAGGAUCAAAAUGUUCGGUUUGGAUGAGGAAUGUUCAGCUUAGUUUGUUUGGUGUUGUAACAGGAAUUAUUGGAGUUUUGACCAAAGAUGGAACUCAAGUCGUUGAAAAAGGUUUUUUCUUUGGUUUCAGCCCGUUAGUGGUAUUUAUAGUUUCCAACCAAGCUUUCGGUGGAUUGUUGGUUGCAUUGGUUAUCAAAUACGCAGACAAUAUACUUAAAGGAUUUGCCACAUCAGUAUCAAUAAUAAUUUCCACCAUUUUUUCGGCACUUUUUCUAGGUUUCCAUAUCAGCACUAUGUUUAUUAUUGGCGCGACGUUGGUAAUCACUGCUGUAUAUUUAUACAGUCUACCAAAGCCAGAACCGUCGUUGCCACGCACAACUUAAUUGUGUUAGCCAUAAAGUAGCAUUAAUAUAUUAUGUCUAUUAUGCUAUGAAAGCAGCAAUAAUAUAUAGGCACACCACACCAUGAUAAUUAAAGGCACCAAACCAUUAUAAACACAGGGGAGGCAGGGAUAGUUAGACACACAAUCCUAUGAAACAAAUCUAACUUAUUGGUUGUAAUGUUUACUGAUUAAUGCAGAAAUUCCAGGGUUGGUCUGCCCACCCUGCCACCCCACGUUUGGCGCCUCUUAAUUGAUAGCCUUAAUGUUAUGUUUAUGUCUGUAGUAUUGUUUGAUAGUUUUCUAUAAGAGGUAACAAAAUAUUUUAUGCAGUUUUUUUGCAGAAUAUGUUUUAUUUCCGUAGCACUUUGCGUGGUGCGUGGGCAUUUAUUUUACACAUUUUAUAUCCAAGUACUUUGAUUGCAAUUUAUAUCAUUAGGUGUGUUUUAAUAAACUGUACUACAUCAUGUUCUGUCCACAAAGUAACAAAAACAACAAAACUGGAGUGUAUAGUGUUACUGUACCAUUUUGCACAGUGAGUAUAUGUUUAAUUUAAGUUGUUUGGCAGAAAAAGAUCAAUUGCUGUUAUAUAUACGACAUAAUUAUUAUACGACCCUUCAGUAUAAAAUAUUACAAAAAUAUUCGAGCAAAAAA